AUGGCCCCCAUGGACGAGGAUAAGACACUUUCCCUUGAAGCGAUCAACAAAGAAGCUGUCGAUUUGGAAAAUAUACCAGUGGAAGAAGUUUUCGAACAUUUAAAAUGCACGAAAGAAGGGCUUAACACGGAUGAGGUUGAAAAGCGUUUGAAUAUGUUUGGCUACAAUAAGUUGGAAGAGAAAAAGGAAAGUAAAAUACUCAAGUUUUUGGGCUUUAUGUGGAAUCCUUUGUCUUGGGUAAUGGAGGCAGCAGCACUCAUGGCUAUCACUAUGGCACGAGGAGGGAAAGAACACCAGCCUCCAGACUACCAUGACUUUGCUGGCAUAGUGGUACUUCUGCUUAUCAAUUCAACCAUUAGUUUUGUGGAGGAGAAUAAUGCUGGCAACGCAGCUGCAGCCCUCAUGGCUCGCUUGGCACCAAAAGCUAAGGUUUUACGCAAUGGGAAAUGGAGCGAAGAGGACGCAUCUAUACUGGUACCUGGAGACAUCAUCAGUAUUAAGCUAGGAGACAUUAUUCCGGCUGAUGCACGCCUGCUUGAAGGAGAUGCUUUGAAGAUUGAUCAAUCGGCACUUACAGGUGAAUCUCUCCCAGUUACCAAGAAUCCAGGUGAUGGAGUAUACUCAGGCUCAACAUGUAAACAAGGUGAAAUUGAGGCAGUUGUUAUUGCUACGGGAGUCCAUACAUUUUUUGGAAAGGCAGCUCAUCUUGUGGAUAACACCACACAUGUCGGCCACUUUCAGCAGGUUUUGACUUCAAUCGGUAACUUCUGCAUUUGCUCAAUCGCCAUAGGGAUGAUUCUUGAAUUGAUCAUUAUAUUUGGUCUCCAAUCACAUAGAGAAUAUCGUGACGGAAUUGAUAACCUACUUGUAAUACUCAUUGGGGGUAUCCCAAUAGCGAUGCCGACUGUUCUAUCUGUUACAAUGGCCAUUGGUUCCCAUCGAUUAUCUCAACAGGGUGCCAUAACAAAGAGAAUGACUGCCAUUGAAGAAAUGGCCGGAAUGGAUGUGUUGUGUAGUGAUAAAACCGGCACCUUGACACUCAACAAACUUUCAGUUGAUAAAAAUCUGAUUGAGGUGUUCGCCAGUGGUGUUGACAAAGACACAGUUGUGUUGAUGGCUGCUAGAGCUUCAAGGCUAGAAAAUCAAGAUGCCAUCGAUACCGCUAUAGUGUCAAUGCUGGCUGAUCCUAAAGAGGCGCGAUAUGGAAUUACAGAAGUGCACUUCCUUCCUUUUAAUCCAACUGAUAAGAGGACAGCUUUGACAUACAUUGAUGGUGCCGGGAAAAUGCACAGAGUGAGCAAAGGUGCACCAGAGCAGAUUUUGAAUCUAGCUAAGAACAAAAGCGAGAUUGAAAAAAGGGUACACACGAUUAUUGACAAAUUUGCUGAACGUGGACUUCGAUCUCUUGGAGUAGCUCGGCAGGAAGUACCUGCUAAUAGUAAAGAUAGUCCUGGUGGUCCUUGGGAAUUUGUAGGCCUUCUUCCUCUUUUUGAUCCACCUCGUCAUGACAGUGCUGAAACAAUUAGAAGAGCUUUAGACCUAGGAGUGAGUGUUAAGAUGAUCACAGGUGACCAACUGGCAAUUGCUAAGGAGACAGGUAGACGUCUAGGAAUGGGUGUCAAUAUGUACCCUUCAUCAUCUUUACUUGGUGAGCAUAAGGAUCAGCUAAGUGCAUCUCUUCCCGUUGAUGAACUCAUUGAGAAAGCAGACGGUUUCGCUGGUGUUUUUCCAGAGCACAAGUAUGAGAUUGUGAAGAUUCUUCAAAGUAAAAAGCACAUUUGUGGAAUGACUGGUGAUGGUGUUAAUGAUGCACCGGCUUUAAAAGUGGCAGACAUCGGAAUUGCAGUUGACGAUGCGACAGAUGCAGCACGAAGUGCUUCUGACAUAGUUCUAACGGAGCCUGGUCUAAGUGUCAUCAUUAGUGCAGUGUUAACAAGCAGAGCCAUUUUCCAACGAAUGAAAAACUACACUAUAUAUGCUGUUUCAAUCACCAUACGUAUAGUGAUGGGGUUUUUGAUGCUGACUGCAUUUUACAAAUUUAACUUCCCUCCUCUUCUAAUUCUUGUCAUAGCUAUUCUGAAUGAUGGUACAAUCAUGACUAUUUCCAAAGAUAGAGUUAAACCAUCUCCCAGCCCAGAUAGUUGGAAGCUCAGUGAAAUAUUUGCAACUGGAGUUGUUAUAGGCACUUACCUUGCUAUAAUGACUGUUAUAUUCUUCUAUUUGGCUAGUCGAACCAGCUUUUUUGCGAAUACUUUUAAUGUGGCUGAUUUCAAUAUUGAUGUAACCUUACUUGACACAAAGGUUUUGAAUGCAAAACUCGCAUCAGCUGUAUAUCUUCAGGUCAGCACAAUCAGCCAGGCAUUAAUAUUUGUCACGCGCUCAAGGGGUUGGUCAUUCACGGAAAGGCCAGGUCUUUUGUUGCUUUGUGCAUUCAUUCUAGCUCAACUGUUUGCCAGUGUAAUGUCAGCAACAUUGACAUGGAAGUUUGCCAAGAUUGCUGCAAUUGGUUGGGGUUGGACUGGUGUUAUAUGGUUGUAUAACAUCUUAUGCUACAUGUUGCUUGAUCCUAUUAAAUUUGUGGUUAGAUAUGCACUAAGCGGGAGAGCAUGGGGACAUGUUAUCAAUCGUAAGACGGCCUUCACCACGCAAAAAGACUUCGGUAAAGAAGCACGUGAGGCAGCAUGGGCAACCGAACAACGAACACUUCAUGGUCUUAAUACAUCUGAAGGGAAGAUUUUCGCUGAAAACUACACAUUCAGGGACAUAAACAUAAUGGCAGAAGAAGCUAAACGUCGUGCUGAAAUCGCAAGAUUAAGGGAACUUCACACUCUAAAGGGCAAAGUAGAGUCUUUUGCGAAGCUUAAAGGAUUAGAUAUUGAUGUCAACCCACAUUACACUGUAUGAUCCAUGUUUUGAACUCAAAUCUUACUUCACGCCAACUACUGUAAUUCUACUGCCUGGAUUUGAUCGUGCAAAGCUCACUCAAAUGCACAAAAACCGCUAAUAAAAGCAGCUUCGCUUUCUUUGCUUCAUAACUCUAUCACCAGACUAUUUGUACUAUUGUUUUGCUGCUGAAGAAUGUUAUUUUUUUAUUUUGGUAUAAAAGUUAUGUACCAUUUAAGAAUGCAAGUUCACUAAGACAUGGUUUCGCAA